AUGGAACAAUCACGGGCUCAGUACGGGAGAAAGAGCAGGGGCAUUAAUCUGGGAAACAUCAUCGGUGAUCCCUUCGCCCUGGCCACAGUCUCCAUCUCCAUGCUUGCAUGGAUAAUUGCAUUCAUCAGCUCCAUCAUUGCCACGACACAAGUCACAAAUAGCACGGGAUCGUUCCCCGCCUUCGCAUGGUGGACCGUUGUCUACAUGUUCUUUCUCAUUGCCGGUGUUUUUAUCGUCGUCGCUUCCGACACCACCCAGACCUACCAUGUAGCGCUCUCGGGAUACCUGGGCGCUGCUCUCGCCCUCAACUCCCUCACCAUUCAUUCCCUAAUUUACUCGGCCAAUGGCGCUCGCCAGGCCGCCGGAGCUGGUUUCAUCCUGAUGGCCAUGGUCACGAUCGUCUGGAUCUUCUACUUCGGCUCCGCCCCGUCGGCCAAGCCCCGCGCCUACCUUGACUCCUUCGCGCUCCAGAAGGAGUCCGGAAACAGACAGAUGAUGUACGGCGGCGGUCGCCCGGAGACCUCGACCUCGGUACAGCCUCCCCAGAUGUACACCUCUGCCCAGUUGAACGGCUUCGAGAACCCAUCUCCCGUUCAAGGUGUCUCUACCCAACCACGCGAAUCCGCAGUAGCACCGACCUUCACCACACCAGGCCCAGGGCCUCAAAAGACCCCGGAUCAGGAGGUGGUGCCGCCAACGGAGUACCCUUACCGCGCGAAGGCCAUUUACAGCUACGAGGCCAACCCCGACGAUGCGAACGAAAUUUCAUUCUCCAAGCACGAGAUUCUGGAGGUCAGCGAUGUGAGCGGCAGGUGGUGGCAAGCCCGCAAGGAGACUGGCGAGACGGGUAUUGCGCCCAGCAACUACCUGAUCCUGUUAUGA